CCGCCCGGCCCCGGGGUGUUAUUGUGAGGGGGAGACAAUGAGCAAACUCUCCUUCCGCGCCCGGGCGCUAGACGCCGCCAAACCGCUGCCCAUCUACCGCGGCAAGGACAUGCCCGACCUCAACGACUGCGUCUCCAUCAACCGGGCCGUGCCGCAGAUGCCCACGGGGAUGGAGAAGGAGGAGGAAUCGGAACAUCAUCUGCAACGGGCUAUCUCAGCACAGCAAGUGUUCAGAGAAAAGAAGGAGAGCAUGGUUAUCCCAGUCCCCGAGGCCGAGAGCAAUGUCAACUACUACAACCGCCUGUACAAGGGAGAGUUCAAACAACCAAAGCAGUUCAUUCACAUCCAGCCCUUCAAUCUGGACAAUGAGCAGCCAGAUUACGAUAUGGACUCUGAGGAUGAGACCCUGCUGAACAGGCUGAACAGGAAGAUGGAAAUCAAGCCCCUGCAGUUCGAAAUAAUGGUUGACAGACUCGAAAAGGCCAGUUCUAGUCAGCUUGUGACCCUUCAGGAGGCGAAAUUGCUGCUAAAUGAGGAUGACUACCUGAUCAAGGCUGUCUACGACUACUGGGUGAGGAAGAGGAAGAACUGCCGGGGGCCUUCCCUCAUCCCCCAGAUCAAGCAGGAGAAGAGGGAUGGCUCCACCAACAACGACCCCUACGUGGCCUUCAGGAGGAGGACUGAGAAGAUGCAGACCAGAAAGAACCGAAAGAACGAUGAGGCUUCUUAUGAGAAGAUGUUGAAGUUGAGGAGGGAGUUCAGCAGAGCCAUAACCAUUCUGGAGAUGAUUAAGAGAAGAGAGAAGACAAAACGGGAGCUGUUGCAUUUAACGUUAGAGGUUGUUGAGAAAAGGUACCACUUGGGUGAUUAUGGAGGUGAAAUCCUCAAUGAAGUGAAGCUCAAUAGACCUGAGAAAGAGAUGGGCACGACUCCAUCGUCUCUCCACAACGGAAAUCAUCACAAAGUUCAAGAAUGUAAAGUUAAGCAUCCUCACCACUCCUCCCUGAAGGAAGAGGUGUCCGACGUUGUCCGUCAGAAGAAGAAGUACCUGAAGAAGCCUAAACUGGAGUGUGUGGUGACUCCUCAGCCCUCAGCUGAGCCCCUGCCUGUGCUCAGCAAGAGUGACAUCAAACAGUACGACUUCCACAGCUCAGAUGAAGAUGAGUUCCCACAGGUACCCUCGCCAGUGUCAGAAGCAGAAGAAGAAAAUGAUCCUGAUGGACCCUGUGCUUUCAGGAGGAGAGCAGGAUGCCAGUAUUAUGCUCCUCGUUUGGACCAAACUAAUUCUUCGUCUGAAACCCCCGAGUUGGCAGAAUUGGACAAGCUGAGGUUCAGGCAUUGCCUUACAACCCUGACAAUUCCAAGGAGGUGCAUAGGAUUCGCCAGGAGGCGGAUUGGCAGGGGUGGAAGGGUUAUAAUGGACCGAAUAUCCACAGAGCACGAUCCCGUCUUGAGGCAGAUUGACCCGGAAAUGCUGAACAGUUUUUCGAGCUCUUCCCAGACUUUAGACUUUUCUUCUAAUUUCUCACGGACCAAUGCUUCCAAUAAACCUUGUGAAAACAGACUGUCCCUCCCUGAAAUCCUAAGCAAUAUCAGAUCAUGUCGACUGCAGUGUUUCCAGCCCAGGCUACUCAAUCUCCAGGACAGCGAUAGCGAAGAAUGUACCUCAAGGAAACCAGGGCAGACUGUGAAUAACAAAAGAGUCUCUGCAGCAUCUGUAGCUUUAUUGAACACCAGCAAGAAUGGCAUAUCAGUCACAGGGGGCAUCACAGAGGAGCAGUUCCAGACACACCAACAGCAGUUGGUGCAAAUGCAGAGGCAACAGCUGGCUCAGCUGCAGCAGAAACAGCAGUCCCAGCAUUCCUCCCAGCAGGCACAUCCAAAAGCACAGGGCUCCAGCACCUCUGACUGUAUGUCCAAAACCCUGGAUUCAGCCAGUGCCCACUUUGCUGCCUCUGCAGUGGUCAGUGCUCCUGCCCCCGGCCGCAGCGAGGGCACCAAGGAACCCAACACCAGCCACAACAAUAUCAAUGGUGUUGUCCAGCCUUCAGGAACCUCCCGGACCUUGUACUCCACCAACAUGGCUUUAUCAUCCAGCCCAGGGAUCUCGACCGUGCAGCUGGUAAGGACAGUUGGCCACAGCACCACAAACCACUUAAUCCCAGCGCUGUGCACGAGCAGCCCCCAGGCUGUGCCCAUGAACAAUUCGUGCCUGCCCAGCACGGUGCACCUCAACAACGUCAGCGUGGUGUCCCCCGUCAACGUGCACAUCAACACGCGGACGUCGGCGCCGUCCCCCACCGCCUUAAAACUCGCCACAGUCGCUGCCAGCAUGGACAGAGUGCCAAAGGUGACCCCCAGCAGUGCCAUCAGCAGUAUAGCGAGGGAGAACCACGAACCGGAGCGCCUGGGCCUGAACGGCAUCGCAGAGACCACAGUGGCCAUGGAGGUGACAUAACCCCCACCCAGAGCGUCCACCCGUGCCCGUGGAGCGGUCCUGGAGUCCCAGCUGAAUGCAAAACACGGCGCUCUGUGCGUCACAGAGAGCUCGGAGAGACCGAAACGGACUUAGAAUUAUAUCGUGUAUUAAGUCGAUAUAUAAUGUAAAUUUUGUAAAAUUGGGAAAAUCACUACCUUGUAAAAUAGUUUAUUUGUAUCAUCAAUAUUAUUUCUGUUACUUGAAUAGUAGAUAUUCAUCAUCAUGCUUUUGCACUUGAAUUUGCAACUGAAUGGAUUAAAAAAAUAAUUCUUUAAUGGGAUCAUGAGCAUGACAUGGGAUCCUGCAUCACUUGUUUAAACUAUUUAUUUUGCCAUGUUUACAUUUUGUAUCUUGUACAAAUAAAUGCAACUUUGUGUCUAAAAAAAAAAAAAGUUAAA